CAAGCACACGCUCCACUCUUCCAGGUAUGACCGCGGGGACAGGAGCUACGACAGAGGCUAUGACCGCUACGACAGGCCUCAAUACCAUGACCGCUAUGAUAGAUAUGACCGUGCUUAUGACAAGUACGAUCGCUACGAUAGGUCCAGAUCUCGCUCCUAUUCUCCACGAAGAUACAAGUAUUGAUGAUUGUACACCAGACAAAACUGCAAGAUUACUACAGAAAGGUUGUAGAUGCUCCAUACUUGACGGUGCUGUGCAGACGGCUGGCUCCAGAGAACGUUUCGACCGUUACAGUUACAAAUUCUCAGUCUCAUUUGUCAUGCUAGUUAUCAAAAUAUUUUAAGAUAAGCUGUAGAUAACAAGGUCUAAGAAAGAAAAACACAUUUUUUUUUUUUUUUUUUGUUUUUUUUUUUUUUUU